AUGAAAAAAUCAAUACUUUUAGCUUUAAUAUAUUUGACAUCGUUCAGCUUUGCUCAAAACAUCACUUCAGACCUGGAUAUCUUAGCUAGCAGUAAUGAUUUGAGCCCCACGACAACAUCAUCUGUAGCAGCAUCAGCGACCACUGAUACUCUUCCCACAUCAACAACUGAUGCAGGUACUCCGCCUACCACAAUUCAACCUACUACUACCACAGAUAGUACUGCUUCAACACCCACAGAUGCUUCCAGCUUGGUACCAUCAUCUACUACAGCAGAUGUAGCUUCUAGCACAAAUGUCAGUGAUGUUCCUGAAGCAACCCAUACACCUUAUGUGCUACCUACAGUUGCCCCCUCUGUUUGUGAAGCACUGCAAUCAUUAUAUAAAUCACUCAAUGGCAAAAGCUGGCUUGUAUCUGCCGGAUGGGAUUCCUCUAAUAUGACCUCUUGUUGCGAUUGGUACAGUGUUCACUGUAAUCGUAUCGGAAAAGUGUUAAAGAUAGACCUCUCACAUAACAAUCUCAGUGGACAAUUACCCAAUGCGUUCGAUAAAAUACCUGAUCUUCAAAACAUUGAUUUCAGUUUUAACAAUAUCUCAGGACCAAUUCCAUCUACUUUGACUCAAUUAGCCAGCUUACAAUCGAUCAACUUUGACGUCAAUUCCUUGUCUGGUCCUCUUCCUGAUGGAUUGAGCAGAUUAGUCAACUUGACAAGCAUACACUUUAAAAAUAAUUCCAUUUCUGGCACAAUCCCUGAUAGUUGGUCAAACAUGACUUCACUUCAGGGCCUUUACCUCAGCAAUAAUAAUUUGUCUGGAUCAUUCCCUAAUGUUGUCACACGAAUGAAGACAAUUCAAACACUCUAUUUGGAUGGUAACAACUAUAAUAGCUUCUUACCUGCCAAUUUGGGUGAUGCUACCUCUCUUGUGACAUUAAAUCUCAAGAGAAAUGCUUUACUUGGCAAUAUCCCCGCUUCCAUUGGCAAUCUCACAAAAUUAACUUCCUUAACCCUGUCAGACCAAAUGUUAAACGACACAAUUCCUGAUCAAAUCUAUUCAUUAACUAACCUUCAAGUAUUGGACUUGUCUAACAAUAGAUUAACAGGCCAGGUUUCACCCAAUGUCAAAAAUCUUGUUAACCUUGAACGACUAAACCUUGGGCAUAAUGCUCUCACUGGCUCUGUCCCAAAUGAAUUGAGUCAGUUAUCAAAACUACAAAGCCUCAGUCUUAGUUACAACAUGCUCAAUGGCCAGUUCCCUUCAGUUAUGGCGCCACCUUCCCUUGGCUACUGCUACAUGACACCAAAUCAGUUCCAGUCCUGCCCUGAUCAAUCCAUCGUUGAAAACCCAAACAGCUUGGCUUUCCAAUGCUCUAUUAAUUGUACUAUAAAGAAAGGCAAGAAGAAGAGUGAUGCUAGUCACAACUCCAUGGCCUAUUCUACCCUCAUUGCUUUACUUGCUACAGCGUUGGCUUUAGUCUUUUAA